AUGCCACCAAAAACACCAACGAAAGGUUCCAAAAAAUUGGUAGGCAAAGCAUCGAAAUCAUCGGGGUCUGGUACUAAAGUUGGUGAUAAAAAACGUCGUACCAGACGAAAAGAAACUUAUUCAAUUUAUAUAUAUAAAGUUUUAAAACAAGUACACCCAGAUACGGGUGUUUCAUCAAAAGCUAUGUCAAUUAUGAAUUCAUUUGUUAACGAUAUAUUCGAACGUAUAGCUGCUGAAUCAAGUCGUCUUUCACAUUAUAAUAAAAAACAAACAAUAUCGUCACGUGAAAUUCAAACGGCUGUUCGUUUAUUAUUACCAGGAGAAUUAGCUAAACAUGCUGUUUCGGAAGAUACAGAAUUAAAUUAUUCAAUAUCCAAAACAAGCAAUGUUCCGAAAACUGUUUCUAAACGAAAACAAAUUUUACCACUUAAUGACGAAGAUGAAAGUAAAGAUGAAAGUGAAGAUGAAGAGUUGAAACGUCGAGAUGUUCAUGGACGAAAACGCGUAGAUUUUGUUAAAUGUUUGAUAGAAACGUCAUCCGACGAUGAUUUAUCCACUAAUAAAUUGAAUAAGAAGUGGAUAAUUAUGGACUAUAUACCAUUAACAUUUAAAGAAAUUUGCCACAUUCAACAAGUACUCAUAAGUGCAGUGCUUAGUUCGUGUUCAAUCGAAUUUCCUAAACAAUCACAAAAAAUUAUGCAUAACAAACUUUGUUUUGCAUGUAAACAAGUAAAUUUUAGUUUCUUCACUCUGUCGUUCGGUAUUCCAUGCUCAGUGUGUAAACAUUUUAUUUGCAAACAAUGCGUAAAAAUCACACAAUUUCCACAAGAAGACGUUUAUGAUGUACCCAUUGAAAUCUUCACAUAUUCAUUAUUUACAACACAUCGUUCAUACAGUCAUAAAACAUCAUCAUUAGAUCGAAAUUUACGACUUUCUAAAACAAAAAUAGUGUUAGCCGAAAAACCAAAAGUAGUCUGCCCAUAUUGCUAUAAUUUCUUUCAAGAAUUAAUAAACACUUAUUCUAUGAAACAUCGUCGAAUAUCAGUUAAAAAUCAAAUACAACAUAGAUCGUUAGCAUCAUCACUUCAGCGUAGUUAUUCGUUACCACCUUCACAAAAAACAAAUCUCAAACUAGUCUCAAAAUCACCGUAUUUUCGGCACCAUAAAAUCUGCUAUUAA